UAUUAUUAUUACAGUAUUAUUAUUGAAUAAUGUUUCGCAUGUAAGAAGAAUAUUGGGAAAGUGGCGCCAUGUCAUCUACCGGCCAAAGUUCUCGUGGUCCUUGUUUGGAUGUGAUUACUCCAAUGGAUUUUCUAAGAAAGGAAGGUUAUCGAGUAGGAAAUAUAAUCGGUGAAGGAUGUUAUUGUAAAGUUAGAAAAGCAGAAAAAAAUGGAGAGAAACUGGCAAUUAAAAUCAUAUCUAGAAACAAAAAAUCUAAGGAAUAUAUUAAUAAAUUUUUACCACGUGAGCUGGAAAUUAUAUCUGAAAUAAAGCAUCCUCAUAUUGCCCUGAUUAAACGCAUAAUAGACUUUGGCCAUUACGUUUAUAUCAUUAUGGAAUUAGCUGAAAACGGUGAUCUACUUAAUCAUAUAAUGGUAAAUUUUUCAUUUAUUACUUUCCCGGAUAUUAUAUAUAACAGAGGGAAAGUAUGAUCUUCAGUCAAAAAA